UUGGUUGUCAGUGCGCUUGGGGUUGACAGCGGCAAUUCCGGAUGCCUCGGUGGCUCAUCUGAUAAACAGUGAAGCACUAUACAGUCGAGGACGUGCAGUUGAAUCCUGCAAAUCCAGACAUGUUUGUCUCCUGCGGAACUGACCGAAAGGUCUCCGUAUGGAGCUGCAAGGAAGUCGAGUCUGGCGCGUUGCCGAAGUUGGUGCACGAAAUGUAUUAUGAAUGCACGAUGGGGUUGUUGCUGUUUAAACCACGAGAACCGCUGCUUGCCAUGGGAGGCAGGGACGGUCAAAUCUAUCUACAGACCCAUAGCCGAGCGCCCAUUGCAAGAAGCCGCAUACGCGUCGCACCCACUGAUUCCAGUCAAGAAAUCGGCGACAUGCUCUGGGGAAAGGGCAGCACGGAACAUAUGCUGUUCGCCUCGACCGGCGAAUUAGAGCCGGACGUGUUUUCGGGUGUGCAUAAAGCGCUCGACGUUCCGACUCGCAAGGCGGUGUGCGUGUUUGAUAUCUCGGAAGACGGCGAGAAGAUCGCGAUCGACAAUUACGGUGCAAACCUCGUUCUGGCAACGAGAUCCACCGACGUAGCGCACUCUCUCCGGCUCUACGACGCACGCCGGCUCAGACCCCGUGCGACAUCCAAAGUCGACUUGGAGCCUUUCGUGGGAGACGUCAACGCGCUGCAGUUCAGCCCAGACGGUAUCUACCUGGCUGUCGCGCGGUCGGACAAUACGGUUCAUAUCUUUGACUCGCGCAAGCUGACUCGCGGCGCGCUGCAUGUUUUCUCGCACGAGUAUGGCGAUGUGGAUGAGAAGCAUUGCUUUGGCGUGGUCAAUGCUUUGUGGGUUGAUGGUACAGCCCAGGGGCUGUCUCUCGUCACUGGAGGAGCCGAUGGGUGCAUUCGGUCGUGGGACGUUCGACGAGCAUCAAACGACCCGUCAAACGGCGUCGUCCUUGCUCGCCAUGAUCGGGAUAUCGGAUACUUCGCGCUCGGCGAUCCAUACAAGAACGAGAAACCGCUGCUGGUAGGAGAGAACUCGGGCAUAGUCACAAUCUACGAGGGGAGUUUGCGUUCUUCUCCGCUCUGAGCACUCGUUAUUGACGCUAUUGAAUAUUGAUCGGUUGGCCUUUUGCUUGUAUUUACCAAUCCGGUCAUGCACCGUUAUCUC